ACUUCCUAUGGAACAGAGAACAAAACAUUUCAGCAUUCGGAGUAAUUCUGGUAUGUUUUUCUACAUCAUGCUACUGGCAAAAAUGCAGUCGACAAAAGAGUGUGCUCCAUCAACUUCUGACAUGGACAUCUGAGGAAUAUAAAGCCUGAUGGUGACAAAGGGUGAUAAUUUCCUAUUUUUCACUAUUUAUCUCACCGGUUUUGGACUUAGCAAUGGAUAUUCUUUGUGAUGAGGAGAGCUCUGUGAACCCAACUGCAAACUCCUUAAUACAAAUAAAUCAUGAGAGAAGACUCUACAGAAACGUUUAUGGACCCGGAGAGAUAAAUAUAUCACAUCUCUUUAACUUGACUGCGGACUCCGAAAACCUAACUAAUCUUUCGUGUGAAAGUAAUAUGAGUCCACCAUGCUACUCUUCCCUGUUUCAGCUUUCACAGAAAAACUGGCCAGCUUUGCUGACAGUGAUAGUGAUUGUUUUAACCAUUGCUGGAAAUAUUCUUGUCAUCAUGGCUGUGUCACUGGAGAAAAAGCUGCAGAAUGCCACUAACUAUUUUCUAAUGUCACUUGCAAUAGCUGAUAUGCUGCUGGGUUUUCUUGUCAUGCCUGUGUCAAUGUUAACCAUACUGUACGGAUACAUGUGGCCUCUACCUACCAAGCUCUGUGCCAUUUGGAUCUACUUGGAUGUGCUUUUCUCCACUGCCUCCAUCAUGCACCUCUGUGCCAUCUCACUGGACCGCUAUAUUGCUAUUCGAAACCCCAUCCACCACAGCCGGUUUAACUCAAGAACGAAAGCUUUUGCAAAAAUAAUCGCUGUUUGGACCAUAUCAGUCGGUAUCUCCAUGCCUGUACCUGUAUUUGGACUACAAGAUGACUCCAAAGUGUUUAAGAAAGGCAGCUGCCUUCUUGCGGAUGAAAAUUUUGUCCUAGUAGGCUCUUUUGUGGCAUUCUUCAUCCCUUUAACUAUCAUGGUGGUCACUUACUUUUUAACUAUCAAGUCGCUGCAGAAAGAAGCCAUGUUAUGUGUGAAUGACAUUGGCCCAAAGACCAAGUUUGCUUCAUUUAGUUUCCUCCCUCAGAGUUCCCUUUCUUCAGAGAAACUCUUUCAGCGCUCUUUGAACAGGGACGUGGGGACUUCUGGGAGGAGAACCAUGCAAUCCAUCAGCAACGAGCAGAAGGCUUCCAAGGUUCUUGGCAUUGUCUUCUUUCUGUUCGUUGUGAUGUGGUGCCCCUUUUUCAUCACCAAUGUGAUGGCCGUAAUUUGCAAGGCAUCAUGCAACGAAGAAGUUGUCGGUGGACUACUGAACGUAUUUGUUUGGAUUGGCUACCUUUCUUCGGCUGUCAACCCACUCGUGUAUACGUUGUUCAAUAAGACCUACCGCUCGGCUUUCUCUCGUUACAUUCAGUGUCGCUACAAGGAGGAGAAGAAACCUUUCCAGCUGAUUUUAGUGAACACUAUCCCAGCGCUCGCGUACAACUCCAGCCAGCUCCAACUGGCGCAAAUGAAGAGUCUGAAAAAGGAGGCAAAAAUGAUGACUAAGGAUUAUUCAAUGGUCACGAUAGGAAUACGUCACGUGGAUGGUACCUCAAAGGGAAGCAUCAGUCCAGGGAACGAAAAGGUUAGCGGCGUGUGACUCUGCCAGUCCAUCGGCAGAUGCCAUGGCAACCACCAAGAGUACGCUGAAAAUUUCACCGCGCCGUGAGGAGCUCUGAUAGCGUAGGAUAAUCAGCCCUGUUUGAGAGACUCUCCAGUAACAUCACAUACACCUCGUAUUAUCCUGUUGACGAAAAGCAGGGCUGAAAUGGUAUCCAAAUGUGCAAUUUUUUUUCAUACAGUACUUUGGCUGUUUUAAGCACAGGCUUUAUUAAACUUAUUUUUUUAAUAUUCUAAAGGAUCUAUUUCUUAAAGAAAAAAAAAAAUGCAAUUUCUGGUAUUCUAACAUGGGCUGUGAAGAAAUGUACGCAUUUCUUUUCUCUUUGCAAGUGAAAGCUAAGCUGUCCUUUGAUUUCCUCGCACAGUAGGUUCCAGCUAGUUCGCCUUGCUGCAAUGGAAUUUUGUUAUCAUUUACUGAAUGAGCACUUUAUGGAAUUUUAAAUAAAAUGAUGGUUAAUUUACUAAUAUAUAUUUAAGAUAAAUUUUAAAGCAUUAAAGAAAAAUCUAUUAAAACCUGUAUAGAUGAAUUAUAUGGAAAUUUUGGUAAUGGUGUUUUUAUGGCUAUUUUUUCUUCUGAGUGACCAUUCUGAUAUGUUACUGGACUUUCCUGCCAUUUGCUCUAUAGUUCAAAUUAGCAGUCUUCAGAAGUAAAUUAUACUUGAACAAUCCUUUGUUUCUACCACCAUUCUUAGUCUUUAUUUCUUGUCUUGCACUUUGUUUUCAUUCUAAAGAUUUCAUAUGUUCUCCUUAAAACUUGAACGUAAUUUUUUCAAAAGUAAUAUUGGACUUGAUUCUCUGCUCCUUCCCACUGGUGUUGACAGGGAAGUGAAGGGAGAGGAGUGGAAAAUCAGGCACAACCUUGCUAAAUAAUUUCAAGAAUUAUUCUAAGCCUCUGUUUGAUUCCAAAGGAGCCUGACUUAAGCAAUCAGUGAAAGUUUUGCACAAACAAAUUCUUUAGUAAAAGGUUUCAGCAGAGUCUCUCUCACCAUUCCCCUUUGGUUAAAAAGGCCGUUAUGAAGGUGUCCUGGUUUUGUUUUAGUGCUUGUAGAGUCAGGAUUAUUUAAGAACUGUUACUUGUUCAAAAUUGUUUUCCCUGUUUUUGCUGUUUUGCUGUUACGGUAGAUUGCUCAGGAACGGUAGGUAGCUUGCACUAUUAGGACUCAGCCUUAAUGAAAUAUGUUUGGGCAAAUUGGGCCCACUUGAAAAUAACAGGACUUAUAAACAGCACCACAUUUCACCUGCAUAGCUCCAAGGGCAGAAGAAACAUUACAUGAAGAAUAUCAAAUACAUCGUCUGAAAGAAAUGCCUAGUCAUGAAACUUUUCCUUUUGGGCACCAUAGACAAUAUAACUGAAGCCAGUGGGACUGUACUGGAGAGCAGAGAUACAGAUGUUGCAUCCAUCUGCAAAACUUAAAUCCAAGCAUUUGAUUCAUCACAUGUUUUUUUCAGCCAUAAUGAUGAGAAGUAGGAUGCAUCUGAGUUUCAGAUCCUGUCCCUUUUGAAAAAAGGCACUACCUAUUCAGAAGCCAAACUCCAAUGUCUUCAUCAUUUAAUAAGUCCUUCUCAUGAAGCUGUUCAGUUUUCACAGAACAAUUAGAUAUCCACUAGAAGAGGAGAGAGAAAAAUAAAUUUGAUUCUAGCCAACCAGCUGGGGUAUUUGACUAGAAGAGGAAGACCUUUACGUUAAAAUACUGAAUUCUGUGGUAGAGGAAGACUUAGAACUUGGCUGGUUAUUUGCCUGAUUUCCAAGCAACGACUUUUAUUGUUUUACCAGUUGACAGUGAGACAGCUAAAUCUGCUGUAUUUUGG